GGUUUCUUCGCCCUAUUCUUUGGCUACACCCACCUCUUGACGAUUGCAUUCGUCGCCGUAGAUCGGGUUAUUGUAGUCACGUCUUGCAACAAGUGUGGAAUUUCAGAUUGGGCAAGAGUUCGUGUCAUGCUGGCAUUGACCUGGCUUAUAGGUUCAACGAUUUCUCUGCCUCCUGUCUUUGAAGCAUUAAACACCAAAAUUGGGUACACAGAUGAUUUGAAGAUGUGCAUUCCGUAUCCCUUGGGUGGGCCUACCGUGGACCCGCAAGAGGAUACGACCUUUGGUAGGCCUACCGUGUACACCCUGACAAUGGUGACCAUUCUUGGGAUUGUACUUCCAACAAUGAUAGUUUCCUACACCGUCAUAGCGGUUUUACUCUGGAAAAGGGAUCGCAAGCUUACGCGAAGACGGCGACGUGGACUUAAAUCAACAGUGCGAGCUCGACCGCCAAGACCGAUUCCCACAAGUCCUGUUGGUUUACGAAAGGUGAAGUUUGAUAUCACAUUUGCAGAUAGACAAUCGGUUGAUUUCGAGCAAAACACACCACAAUGUCCUAGUCAGCAGGUUUAUAGCUCAGUGGCUUCCACAGGACACAUAUCGCAUGAAACUGAAAGAUCAGUAGUACCACCAAUGGGUAAGGGAGAGGAUUGUGAGGUUUCACUCGCUUGGAAAGACAAGGAAGUAGUGAAACGCAGAAGGAAAGGUGUAGUACUCGAUGAUGGAUCAACUCUUACACGUGAGGGCGCUUCACGAGGAAGGUACGGCCUCGGGUCUCGGCUGAGUGCAUUGCUGAAUAUCAAGCGAGAAUCUAGCGCCAAAGAAGACGCAGUGAAUGAUGGUGAUGUCAACUGUGUCAUCAAAGGAUUUAAAUCUGCACAUGGAACUGGUUUCACUCCUGGUACUAGUCUAUACACUGCGGCAACAGGAGAAGAUGAUAUUGGUACGACGUACAGAACUGUCAUUGAAACGCGAACACGACGUUUGUCUAACCUCUUCGGCAGCCUCAAGGGUGUAGUCGGGCUUGGAAACCAUGGCCGGGAUUACAACGAUGAUGAUGAUGUCACUGAGAACUACAGCGAAGAUGAUGAUCAGACAUGUGAUUUCGAUUCUGAACCAUCUCAAACAAUUACCACUUACUCUAUGUCACCAUCUGGGGUGGAUUUCACCACUGGCAAGGACGACGAAAGCGGGGAGGACGUCGUACGACCGAAGCGUGUCCGUCGGAGAACUCGAAAGACGAAGCUUGAAAAGUUGCGAAUUAUGAGGCAAAGGAGAGUCGCCUGGACAGGUGUGCUACUGGUCUGUUGUAGUAUCUUCUUCACUAUUCCACUUUUCAUCUGGUAUCUAUCCUCUUCAUCUUCGGAGCUGUUCGGGGUCCUGGCUUUCUGGUGGGCGUUCUGCAUAACCAUAGCGGAUCCUAUGGUAUACGCCUUCAUGAACAGACGUGUUAAGAAAGAACUACGCAUGUAUAGGAAAUCGAUGGCCAAUUGCUCAUCGUGCACAUGCAAAGGAGAAUAGACAAAUUAGAUCUGAUAUUCCAUUUUAGGGAAAUGACUUAUUCAUGAUCACCUCCGAACAAACGUCCGCCAAGUAGAGGUAUUUUAAUAUGGAUUUGCCCGACAAAACAGCAAGUUGGCAAAACAAUGACUUUGUAUUGCUCUAUGCUUUCCUACGUGUAUAUUACACUGAUUUUGAUCUUGUUAUAACUGAUUGAUAUCCGUUCAAUUGUACUGCAGUGCGUAUCAAAAAAAGAGUUUACACUUUGAAAAAGCCAUGGGAAUUAAAAAAUAUACUACAUCUUGGUAAUUUUUUCACAUAUUAUCUUGGGUUUGGGUCUCAUCUAUCCAAUGAAGGUAAAAGUUUUGACAGAAUGUUACACUUGAGUGAGCACUGUCCAUUUUUGUAAAGCUCGCAGAAAUCUGUUUGCGCAGAAAUCCUCGUUUUCACGCUGUGUCAAGGAGAAAGGGCGAAAACAAACUAACCCUGCAAAACAUUUCUCAAACAUUUCCCUUCCACUUUUAGUCAAUUGAAAUAAAACAGAUUCCUUCAAGCAUUUUGUAACAAUUUUGCCAACCAAAUUAAAAUUUCAACAUUUAGUUAGCACAACCUUUACUCUUUUUGUGCCAGCUGGAUCUUAGGACAUAACUGAAUCUGAACAAAAGUUUAUAGUAGACAUCUCCAGCAUUUUUUCACUAAGUUACUAAGUUUAUAUCAUUUAAAGUGGGUUUACAUUUCAUUUUUUAUUUAUUACUUGUUUCUCCACACUUUUUCCAAGCUUGACAAUGAUUAACAAAAUGAAAAUCAAGCCUAAGCCAUUUCAUGUAAAUCACAGCUCGGUGUAAAGCAAAUAUCGUCACGAUGGCCUUGGUGUGUGGGGGAGUGGGGUGGGGCGCAAUGCACACUUCGAAGUGUUUUGGGCAAGAAAACAACUUAAAUAAGGGAAAAUGUAUCUUCAAAUCAACUUUACUAGCUAAAUUCCACGUGUUCUUUAUGAUUGAGGUCUACUUUUAUUCGCAUAACUAUUUCCAGGUUCAGCGCAAAUCAUUUUUCACUAGCUUUUCAAAAGUUAGUGUUGCUCACUCAAGCGGAAAUACUUUUUGACAGUUAUAUCUUCAUUUGCUUUAAUGGAUCUGUACCAAUGUUAAAAUGUGGAAAAAUCUUCAGGAUAUUACAAAUGUAUAAUUUUACAGGACUUUUUCUAAGUGUAAACUUUUUUUUUGAUACGCACUGUAUAGGUAGACCUUUGUAAAUAACACGGACUGUUGCGUAUUAGUAGCAAGUUCUAUAAUUUCCUUCGGUCUCAACUUCCAAAAUCCUUAAAUUCAAAUUUCUAAAAGAGGUCCAAGUAGAGAUUUUCUUUUUCAAUUAUGUUUCAUAUUGGAAGUUGCUCGUGAUCUUAGCGUGUUAAGUUGUUUUUUUUUUCUUUUGGCUGUGUAACAGAUGCUUGAUAACACUUCCACUGUUUGGUAGGGAAGAGAGAGAGUUGAAAUCAAUCUUGCCAGUCCCCAAUCCGCCGAAGGAUAAUUCAUCUCUCUGCAAAAGUUUUAAUUCAGUUGGUCAAUAGAGUAUGGAUAAUCAAAGUAUCAACUCCACAACACAAAAUGAUGUGCUGCCAUCUUUAUCGAAUAUUCAUGGCUCUAGAAAUGUGUUUUGCCGCUUCUUUACAAGUAUAGCGUUCGAUAUCCAUCAGUCCAUGAGGUUGAGCUGAUGGCCCAAUGGUCAUUCUUCCUCAUUUCUCUUCCUGGGCCUUGGCCCAGUAACUCGACGGGGGUGGGGUAGGUCCAAUACACCUCCCCCUCCCACACACACACACACUUUUUGUUGUUGUUGUGGUACACAAGAUGUAUAAGUUUGAGUUUCAACCUUAAGAGAUUGUUUAAUAUAUGAUAUUUCCAACACAAAACGAAGUAGAUGUUAUGCAUUUUAGUUUGAAAAAAUGUAAAAUUUCGCCCCCCCCUCGAAAUUUACCUUAGUUUUUCUUUUUUUUUUAAGAGUGGCUGAGAAGAUGGAAAUUAAAACAGGUGUAUUUUCAUGAAUCCAUAGUGUUAUGAUGGUUUAAAACUCACACAUUAAUUUGCAUAAAUUUUCUAUCGGAAUAUUUCUUACUUUCUCGUCGACUCUGUCAAAUCAUAUUUGAUUGGUAGCCCACGUUCGCAUGGCUUAUAAUUGGUCUCGAUGGAUACUUGUUUCCUGCUGGAGUUGUCGAAUUUUUCCAUGAUGUGAAGAUGAGUUUUAAUAAAUACCAGCAAUUAAAAGGCAAUAAUCCCACU